CUCCCUCUCUAUGACUGUCCAAAUUCUUUCUUGCGAUAACUCAUCACGGCAUUAUCAUCCGUGAACUACACGAUUUGUCUCCUCAGUCAAUCCGCGUACCUUCAGUUCAAACUAAAAAGCCUCCAGACUUUAACUAACUCAAAAGCUAUUUAAGCCAAGACACACGGUGCUGGACAUACAAUCAUUCUGAUUCUGGGAUCACAUUUGCCAAUGAUACUUUACUUUUGGAGAUCCAUCACUGGCCAGAGACUUAUUUCUUGUCACAUGUUAUACACGAAAUUAUAUUUUUUCAUGGACUUCAUGGAGCUUACGAUCGACAAUGGACUUUUGGAAACGAGCAACGCCCUUGCGUGAGAUAUGCCUUACACGUAAGACUUCUCCGUUAGGUUAUUAGUAGUGAUUAACGUUAAUGGAUUCGCGCUGACACCUUGCAAAUUGUGAACAUAUACGAGUUUCUGCUAAUUACCUGUGGAAAGUACUCGUGGAGAACCUAUUGAUGGUAGGAGUUGCACUUUAUUGGAUGGUGUACUAUAAAUUUUGGAUCUUUUAAUGUCCGUGAAAGAAUAGAACGAGAUAUUUACAAAGUUGUCUUAUAUACAUUUUUUUGUCAAAAACUUUUUGUCAUAAGCGCGAUGGGGAGUACUAAAAUUGGGAUUAUGACGAAGCGAGCAUUUCAUUGACUUUAUUCCUUUUAUGAAUACUGUUUGGCUGGAUCGACGGAGUCAUUGCCGAUGAUCACUGAUAUAAAAAGAGAAUUAUUUCUGAUUCUUUUAUCACUCCAUCAUCGAUCAAAUUAUUCUUCAAAAAUGUGGUUGCUAGGGUGACGAGACAUUUCAAAUUGGAGAAUCGUUUUGUAAGCUCAUCGUUGUGAUCGGCACAAGUUUAUCUAUCAAUAAUUGUUUUCGUGUGUAGCCGAGAGUCCUAAUUGGCCGAUUGACUGUUGAUGCCAGAACUGGAUCCUGUGUUUUGAUUUUUGUUCAAAUAGAUUCAUUUGAGGAUCAGCCUGAAACUUAUCUACCAUGGCGCUUGCUGUAAACUCAAGGUUCCCUUCACGACCGCCCUACUACACAGAAGAGAACCAGCCUGACAGCGACACCCGACCGUUCUCCUACCACAACCGUCCGGGUAAUCCCAGAGUUCCUGCGGUCAUACGCGGCCAACCUUGCGUCGAUUCAGAUAUAUAUUUCUCGAGUCCAAACGUACCCGGAUACGGCGAUGAGCGGCCUCCUCCUAGACCUCCACGCUCGCCAAAGUUCUCCAGGGUCGCUCCAUCAAAACCGCCUCGAACACCACCAAGGUCUCCUUUAGCCGGAAGGGCACACUUGGCCUAUACACAAUCUGAUUCGGAUUUACACAGUCAUGUUGGUCUUCAAGUUCCUGGCCCACCAAUUAGGACGCCACCCCCGUUGACUCCACCACAUGGAUUUGGGUCCAAGCAGCACUUCUUUCCUUCUGAUGAAAGACCACCGAGGUCGCCCAGGAUUCCUCCAAGGAGCUUUCAUCCUCCUGAUGACACUCCUGCGGUUCCCCCUAGAUCCCCAAGGCUUCCUCCAAAGCCGAUGAAGUUCUCUCAACUGCCUCCUCCAGCACCUCAACCUCUUGCCGGCAGGUCCAUCUUGAACCGGUCGGACAGGUCGGAGCGCGCCAUCUCACAUGACCCAAGAACCGACGUCAAGAAAAUGACACGACAGACAAGUGCAGAUACUGUUCGGAUCGCUGCACAGACCGAGAGAGAACUCCUCAGGUCAGCACCUCCACCUCCAAAACCUACCCCGCCGAUCUUAGAACAACCGAAAUCAUCCAGAAUACCGACCAACGAAGUGCAGAAUGGAGGAAAAAGUGGCAAGGGGCCGAAAUCAAAUAAGAACAAUGCGGGUAAUCGGGAAGCGUUUCAGAUGGAAAAGCCAGAAGAGAAGAAAGGCUGUUGUCAUCAGUGCGCGAAAAUUUGUGUUAACGAUAUUUCAGAAUUCCUGAUAGAACUAUGUCUCGAUUGAAGAUUUCGUAUUCAAUGGCACUCGAUAAGCAGGAUGGAAAAUUAACUGUUUUCUGUCAGGUACACCCGAAUCGCUAAGUUUUUUUCUAUAAGAGUUCGCUUGGUAUCAAAGUUCAAAUCAUGGAUGGCAAUUUUCUUACUCAGAGAAUUUUGUUUGGGAUAGGAAAUGGAUUGAUGACGAUAUAUUGAUGGUCUUUGAAUACUUUGGUCAAGAACGAAUUAACUAAGGACAGGGCCUACAUUGCACAUCGUGGUUGUAACGAUGAAAAUGUUGUUGUUGACUGACAGAAAUGAUUUUGUAGAUAUUGACUGUGGAAAUUCGAUCCUUACCCAUCAAUGAAUAUCACUUACCAGCAUGAUCAGGAAUCAGGAUAUAUAACUCUCAUCGCUAAACGAAUAUGAAAGCUAUAAAUCAGUUGUGUACAUGAGUUUAAUUAACAAGACAUAAAAGACUGCCUAGGCUGUCAUCAUCGACUAAACUGACAACAAAAUUAUUUUCACUACCGACGUCAAUUCAGACCAAUCAGCGCAAUUCGUUGUAGGUUCAUUGACAUCGGUCAGUUUUUAGUCUGUUUCGCUGAUGUGAGUGUAGAAAAAAAAAUCAAAGUGAACCAGCUUUGAAAUCUAUUAUCAUGAACUGUUGGCCCCCGAUUCUGUAGCUUCCAAUAAUAUGCGUGACAAAAACUGAUCGAAUAGCUGGAGAAAGAGUUUGAUGACAGGUAACCUUCAGCCUUCAAAAAUUGGUUUUAAAUGGUUUUAAAGGAGGAUCGAACCAUUUCCUUUUGCUUCGGUUUAGAGACAAGAUUAUUGCUGAAAUGUUAACAUAACAACCACAAUGUCAUAGCCUAGGAACAUAACAAAGGGUGACGGUUUGCGGUAUAUCGGGUAAGGUAGAUGAUACGGAAGUAAGUUGUGCUGUCGAUUAAGUCAUAUUGACUCUGAUAUUUUGCGAUUGGCCGUGGUUAGGAUCUGUCGACGACAAUAUCCAGUUUCCUCGCUCAGCACAAGUAGUGUAUCAGGAUAAAUCAUGAAUGAAUGUUCUAAGGUUUGUGGCAUAUGCAAUGGCACACCGAGGAUUCGGGGUGCGGCUGGGGGCGGCUGAUACCCCUAUACAAAGAUAAUGAAAGAUAUUACAUUUUUUGGUUUAACUAAUUGGGUUUUUCAACAUCAACACUUGAAAUGAAAAAAAAAAGUUUAUAAAAAAAAAUUGUUUACAUACUAUUUUUUCAAUUCUUCUAUAUUAGUGAUAACUUAUCAAGUAGAUUCAUUGAUAUUCCGUGAUAAAAUGCUUACACCAAGGUUUUCGCCAUAUUGACUGAUAGCUUCAUUAUGCUGGUGCUCUUUUUCUCUCGACUUAUACCCUAAUUGAAUUGAAUUUAUUAGCAUCCUCAAUGCAGAAAUAAUAAUAAACGUGACGAUGAAGUUAAU